GAUAUGCAAGUCACACGAUUUAUGUCGUCAAGAUUUUUAUAUGUGAAAAUGCAUGCGCGUUUACAGAAAAGUCCUACUGCUGUUGUGGCUGAUGGUAUAUAACUGACUGUGUGGUGCACUUUGGUAUGACUUUGAUAUCACUCGUCGUCAGCGACUUCCUGAUAUAUCUAUGAAGAUUUGCUUACUUCUUUAGGAUUUUACUGACUAGCAACGUUUUAGUUGAGUCAGUACAUUGAUUGGAUUAUACACAUGUCAAGAUUGCUGACUGGAGAUCAAUCAUUGGAUACUUUUAAUAACCACAUCCGUCACUUUCUCUUUUACCGGUACUGUGAUGUUAUUGUUGACUUGUUUCAUUACUAUUAAUGACUUGGUAUAUUUAUAUAUCACCAUGGUCAGUGUCUUGGAACUUGACCAUUAGCGUCUCACUCUGUUGACACUACAGUGCCUGGAUACAUUACAAUAUAGUGACUACUAGUACAUCGAUCAUCGCUAUCAGUGACUUGUCGCUCACCAUUAGUGGCGUUGUUCCUCACCCGGCAUUGCAUUAAUGACUUCAGCAACUUUGGAGACUUUGUUUUCACUAAGAGUAACCAACAUAAGGUUUUCACGAUGCCAAGGUCAGAGGAAUGGUCCCAGAAGGCUUGGAAGUGGCAGAAUAAAAUACUACAAAAUCUCAAAUGGUCCGGCGAGCGGCGUGAUUUUUACACUCUAGAGGAAUUGAUGACAUUUGGCAUGGAAUGGCCGAAAAUGAUCAUGCCAGAACAAGGGUGGUUGGGAGACGGAGAAAGCGUUUCAUUCUGUGCUGGCGAGGCGUUAGUUGGGCUUGGUGUGCGAAGUUUCAAGCGUUUUGCAGCAUGUCCAUGGGAGGAAUGUUACGACACUUCGAUUGAGGAAAUAACCAAGAAAGCCACGCCAAGGUACAUAAUUCCACUGUCAACGAUGGGAGAAUUGCGACAUGCGAGUCGCGUCAAGAUUUUGCGUAUUCAAAGUGAGAAACAAGUCUACACGACAAUGGAAGAUCUGUGGAAGUUCCACCCGAGAUAUGCAAUGCCGAAAAAGACGUUCACCGUGGGGAAUGAAAUAGUGAAGAGACUACAAACUAUUGAACUGAAGAGUCCUGAAAAUGGCUGCAUAACCUGCUAUUUGAAAGCGAUUGAUAAAACUGUUCCAGUCCCAAUGAGGCAAAGAGGGGACUUCACCAUCGUUGAAGAUGGGACGUCUUAUACAUUACAGCAGGUUUAUGAUAAUUUCAACCUUCCGCAGCGUGUGCGUUUUGAGAGCCAUUCAGCCGGGAUGUACGGAACAGAUGUCCUGCUGAUUUCAGAAACACGAUAUGAUGUCCUUAUUGCAUGUGUUACCGCCGGUCUCUACGUCGAAGACGAAGAAGAGCAACGAACAGAACCCGGGGGUACCAGAGACGAAGAUUUCGCCGACGUCAGCUUUAUCUUCUUGCCAAGACCUAUCAGUGAGGAAAACCCUCUCGCCAACACAAGAUUUUCCACAUGGCUGUAUGACCCAAACGACCCAACAUGUCAAGUCAUCAUGUCGCGGGCCAGUAUUUUUGAAUUGGACCGGUUUAAGGAUAUGAAUGUGGUGAUAAACGCUAAUUCUUCGUCCAUGUCAGCGGUGAAGGAGUACAGUGCCGAGAACAUUUAUGACUACAUCAAGGAACAUGACUUUACUGGAGACAAUUCGGUAUCGCCCCACCGCGGCAAAUCAACAGCAGCGCCUGCAGUAUCAGUUGGGUCACCCUCAACAUCUUGGCUACAUCCAGGUGGUGCCACAAAGGUCAUAGACCCCUUCAGUGAGGAGCCAAACCGGAGGCCUAAACCAGAAUCUUCGUCCAAAAUGUUCAAACAUGGGCUAGAAAAGAUCAAGCCCCCCGUGCCAACAUUGAAGCGCAAUAAAAGUGUAUCUGAUACAAGCAGUGACAAGCCAGAAGAGCCAGAAGAAGUUUUCCAUAACAUUCCACGAGUAGAUUAUUCCAAUAUGAAGACCCAAGCCCGACGCCAAAGAAAGGGGUCACUCCCUCUAUUGCCAAAAGACGGAACUGACCGCUCAGAAGAUGAUGGGUACGUCCAGGCGAAGGAUUGGAAAAUUCGGGCUCAAAACAAAUUUUCGGAGAGGGGCAAACUACCACUGCCAGGAGAAGUGAAGAAGGGAGGUCAACAAAUUGUUCCUUUCCCUUUAUCAAAACUGCCAUCAAAAGACAUGCAUGACCAGAAGUCGGGAAAGAAGGAAAAAGACGUCAUUGGAGAACUUGGACCAAGACCAUCUCUCCCUCCUAAGCCAGUUCGAGGGCAGCAUGUGAACCAAUGUCCAAGGUCUGUAGUCAAAGGUCAAGUUGCAGUGGGUCAAGGCCAAUCAACCUCGACUCAAGAUCAAAAUGCUGUUACCAAAAGUCAAGUAGCUGUAGCUCAAGGUCAAGUUCUAACAUCCAGUGCAACAGGUGGUCCUCAUAAUAUCAAAUUUCCGCCCCCGAAUGGAAACUUGGUGCCCCUCUCUGAACUCACUGCUGAACAGCUUGCAUUGCUUUUUAAUUACUUUAAUCUUGAGGAGAUUGCAGAACAGUUGAAGAGCAAUAGAGUCGAUGGAGAAUUCUUUGAAAAAAGCCUGGAAAAUGCGGAUUUUGCUCGUGAUCCAUUCUUUGCCACUGAGUUUCAGCUCAAGCAGAUUGAAAGGAUUAGGAAUGGAAAAUAUUAGUUGUAUCAUGAUCAAUAAUGAUCCUUUCACCGUUUAUCAGUCAACACCUGUAAUAUGUAGAACAGUGCCAAGAAAAAUUCAAAAACUGUUGUGGUAAUUGGUGCCCAUCACUUGUCUCGUAUAAUGUAUUAAUCCUCCACCCAUGUCAUGAUUGACAGCUUCCUUAAUCUUUAUCAAUUCAAUUCAAUUCAAUUCAAUUCAAUUUAUUGCACAACUAUCAAAGGAUAAGACAGUAUGGCAGCACAUAUAUACAAAUACAACACAUACAAAAAUAUUUUUUUAAAGAAAGUUACAUGUAUAUGGUAAUUAAAAUAAGACCACAAUGACUUAUUAAUUAGUGCCCCUGAAGAGCUGUUUGUCUUUCUUCAAAGGCUUUCGAGAUAAAAAUAGCAGUAUCUAAAAUAGUCUUGUUGUCAGUACUACUCAUAAUAGAAAUAAAAUCCAGAUUUGAAAAUAAUUGACUACAUUUAUAAAAAUUUAUAUUUGUGAGAUACUCGUCUCUUAAUUUAUUGUUAGAGGGACAUCGUGCAAAAAAGUGGAACUCGUCCUCAAUAACGUUACACCCAAAAGGACAGAGACGCUUUUCUAACUGAGUACCAAAAUGUCUACCUUUUUCGAUGAGUAGGUUGUGAUUGCUAAGGCGAAACUUAGCCAUUUUUGAAAACAACCCCCUGUUUUUUAGAACAUUAAGGUAGGGCUCAAGUUGGUACUCAGUUUUAAAAGUUCUGUAGGUUCUGAGUUUGUUUUUUUGACUAGAAUUUGACCUUUUGUCAUUUUGUAAUACAGAGAAGAAAUAGGAAUGAUACAAUAAUUCGAGUGAAUUUGAUACAUUAGUACUACUAGACGAGAGAUCGAGAUUUUUCUGAAAUUUAGUGUUUAACACAUCAAUAGUUGCCGAUACAGAUUUGUUGAUACUACAGGACGAAGUGAGCUUUUUGUCAACUUCAUAAGCUUCAUUAAGGAUUGUAUUACUGGAGUUUUUAACAUGAGAUAGGUAAUCAAAAGUAUGUUUGAACAUAAAUACAAGGAAAGGAUAUUGUCCAAGUUCUGCCUAUAUCACUUACUAUACGAUCACACCCUCUUUAAU